AACGCUAUGCAAGCUCAAUUCCUCUCUUUCUAUUUUUCUCACACACGCAUUCCUAUAUGUCCGUCAUUCUCAGUUGAUUCGUCGUGAGUGCCGCUAUCACUUUGUGUUUGUUGCUCUGUUGCUGGCCUGGCUGCGGCCCCGUCAUCGUUGUCGGUGUAUUUUUAAUCACUUCUCGCUGCCUGUAGCUUUGAAAAUAUUGUACUAAUUUGGAGACGUGCAAUAAAAUAUAUGAGUUAUCGUUUAUAUAAUAAGUUUCGUUGCAUAUGUGAAAAUAUACGUGACAAAGCAAAGAGCAGGGCUAAGAGAGUAGGCAUCUAAAAAAAUUCUCAUAUGUAUGGGCGUAUAUGUAUAUGUAUGUGUGUGAGUGAGUAACAAGGCUGAUAAAAAAUAAAUCUACAAAAACUAAACAAAUAGUACUUAGAAAAUCAACAAUUUCUAUACAAAUCAAAAAAUAUAAUACAAAAUGGAAGCAAUUGCCAAACACGAUUUCUCUGCGACUGCCGAUGAUGAGCUCAGUUUCCGUAAAACUCAAAUUCUGAAGAUAUUAAACAUGGAGGACGAUUCGAAUUGGUAUCGCGCCGAAUUGGAUGGAAAAGAAGGACUUAUUCCUAGCAAUUAUAUAGAAAUGAAAAAUCAUGACUGGUAUUAUGGACGCAUAACACGUGCCGAUGCGGAGAAGUUGCUGUCAAAUAAACUAGAAGGUGCUUUUUUAAUACGCAUUAGCGAGUCAAGCCCCGGCGAUUUCUCACUAUCCGUCAAAUGCCCCGAUGGAGUUCAACAUUUUAAAGUACUGCGGGACGCCCAGAGUAAAUUUUUCCUUUGGGUUGUCAAAUUUAAUUCCCUAAACGAAUUGGUCGAAUAUCAUCGAACAGCGAGCGUAUCGCGAUCACAGGAUGUAAAAUUGCGCGAUAUGGUACCUGAAGAGAUGCUUGUGCAGGCGCUUUACGAUUUUGUGCCUCAGGAAUCGGGAGAGUUGGACUUUCGACGCGGCGAUGUGAUUACCGUUACAGAUCGUUCAGAUCAGAAUUGGUGGAAUGGCGAGAUCGGCAAUAGAAAAGGCAUUUUCCCAGCAACUUAUGUAACGCCAUAUCAUUCAUAAAAACCUAUACCCUAACGCACACACAUAAACAUAAAACAUAAAUUACACUAUGAACUACGAAAGAGAAGAAUACCAGUUCGUACAACAUACAAAUAUAUGUACUAGGCAACGCAGAUAGAUAUUGUAUAAACCGAAUGCAUUUUUUACAUUAUUGACAAGCAGUUUAUAGCUGUUAUAUUCUAAAGUUAUGUAAAAUUACAAGAACUAACAAAACUGACA